CAAAUUUGGAUUCGAGAUAGCCAUAUGGAUAAAAUCUAAGUAUAAUCUUAACCUAAAUUUUCCGUGAUUUUCGGGCUUGGCCUUGUCUUAAUCAAUCAGUUUGAAGAUAAGAGGAAGACUUGACAAGUCGUUACGUAGAAGUGAGUUAAUAUAUCGAAGACGCUGAUAUAUAGAUGGCCGCAAGGAAAGUCAAACGCGAUUCUACUUCUUCUUCCUCCAACACCCGACCUAGAGAUAGUAUAAUCGAUGAGUUGCCACCGGAAGAAACCGAGAAGAGGGGAUAUGUCUGGGUAGUUAAAGGGACCUUAUCUGAUGAAGAAGAAAGGGCAGCAGCUGAAUUCGGCACGCUCCCAGACAUCAAUUCUUUACCGAUCCACGAAAUCAGUAGCUGCACUCUUGCAAAGGAAAAAGUGCACGAGUUGAUUGUUGGAGACAGUUGGAGAGAAGGUCCACCCGAUCGGAGGGCAUCAGAGGACUUCCGGUUGUAUAUUCCUUCAUUUAUAAGGCACAUGCACAGCCUCUUCUCCCGCCCUCCAGAGGUCAUCAGAAAGGGAUCCCAAUGCGUCCAACAGAUCCUGGAACAGAUGCCGACGCCCCUUUCAGACAGGCUAAGCUACACAGAAUCACCAACCCGCUGUCUCUCUCCACGCCCGCCAGAGUUAAACGGGGAGUCUUCCAAGCAACCAGAAGAACCAGUAGAAGAAGUUCCUUCCCCACCGGAACCAGAAGUUUCACCCCCACCAGAACCAGAAGUUUCACCCCCACCAGAACCAGAAGUUUCACCCCCACCAGAACCAGAUCGAGAUUUGAAUGCAAUUUACGCCGAUCCCGAGAUCGAAUUGGAAGAAAUCCCAACACCUCCGGAACCGGUGUUACGUUCUACUGGGGAGAAGAAGAGGAAACUUAGGCUUAAAAUAGUUGAGGAAAGAGUUCCAGACUACAAACCGUCGGGAAAGCAGCCAUAUAUUAGAGAUUACAUUUUGAAUAAAGUUCAAGAUUUGGAAAACAAACUGAAGAGUGUCCACCAUGAUAUUUCCGAUUCAAAGGACCGCCAGGGCCAGCUGCAGCACCAGUUCUUUGAAAUGGAAAUAUUGAGGCUUGUCGAAAAGAUUUCACAAGACGAGACACCGUCUGAGACCGAUGUUGCCAAAUUGGAAUAUCUUACAGAUCAGCUCAAACUUGUACAAGGGAAGAAAAGAACGGAAGAAUUACAGUAGUGCUUUAAUUUAAAAAAAUUUUAAUGUGAUAACUGACAUGAUUCGUGUUAUUUAUUACACAUGGUUUGAAUAAAUAUUUUUAAUAGAUUGUAUAAAACUCUUAACAUAUUUGGAUUUGAUUUUGUUUCACUAGAUCAUUCGUUCCAUUAUUUCGCUAGUCACAAGUACCGAUCAAUGAGUUCGGUCAGGAGUGCCCAGAAGGGAACUGCAUGGUGUUUUUACAGUUAUUUAAUCCGUCUUCAAAGUUUUUGACGGAGCAUAUUUUUACGGGGUUAUGAAUUUUGAACAGUAUAUGUAUUUUUUUAGGAACUUUUAAAUCAGAAAACGAGGAGAAAACAUGGAAAAAAACCACCAAACGAGGAAAUUGUAUAUAAAUAAAAAAAAUCUAAUUAUAUUUUCGCUUGUACUGUUUUUAACAUCAGGAGAACAAUUGAAUUUCUUGGAAGGGGUUCAUACUCCAUCGACCAUGUGGGGAGGAGGGGAGAAAGAGACACCUUUGAGUUCUGCGUUUACUGGUGUGAUGCAGUGGUUAUGCAUGCGCAUACUAGAAAGCUAGUACUCACUCACUCAAGAAAGAGAAUCAAUCACUUUAUUUUCAUAAAAGGGUGCUGUCCAAUUAUAUUGGGUUGCUGCAUACACAGCAUACUUAUCAUUGUUUGGCAAUUAAUAUAAUAUACAAAAA